GCUGCACAAGGCGACAGACGGUUUGACUUCUUCGACUCAAGCCCCCAAAAAAAAGAGUAAGCGAGACUUGCAGAGAAACAGAGAGAGAGAGAGAGAGCGAUCUAGCUGGCAAGAGAGAGCGGGCGAGAGAGCGCACGACCAAUGUGAAAAGUGAAAGAAACGCCAAGCCAAACGAAACGAAACGAAACGAAAGACUCUUGAGUUCUUCUGCAGAGCUUCCAGCGAACGGUUCAUGCAGCGGCUAAGCGUGGCGCGUAAUCCAACAAAAAUAUUCAGCUAUUUUUUUACGUUAUUUUGUUAAGUUUUUGACCGAGUGCCUCUCCUCUAACGGUUCUGCUAUCGGUGUGUGCUCAAACUUUCGGCGUCCAUCUCGCUCUUCCGUGUGUCCGUGUGUGUGUGUGGAUUUUUUUUUUGUUUUUGUGCAUUUUGGUUGUUGCUCGCUGUGGCACAAUCGGAAGAAGGCGAAGGAUAGAACCAGUUGCCACCAGUUGGGUGGCUGACACACAUUUUGACCAGGCCAAAAGCACCUGUUGGCAUGUGGAGCCCAAAACAACAGUCAACAACUCGCAGCAAGUGCUAGAAAACAAAAGAAGAAGAAAAGAGUGCAAAAUAUAGAGUAGCAACACCAGCAACAUCAACAACCAGAAGAAUAAUCAACCGAAGAAGAGAGGAACGAGAUCGAUCCCCCGCAGCAGGUGUGAGCGAGAGAGAGCAAACCAUGCAACGAACGCAGUGGCAGCUGCUUCUGCCGCUGGCUCUGGCGGUGGCGGUGGCGAUGGCGUCGGCUUUGGCGCAGGCGCAGAAUAUAGAUGCCGAUUGCAGUUUUCCCGGGUCGCCAGCCCACAGCAGCGUGGUCUUCUCGAAUGCAAAUCUCACCCAGGGCACGGUGGCCUCCUACAGCUGCGAGCGUGGCUUCGAGCUCCUGGGGCCGGCCAGGCGGGUCUGCGACAAGGGGCAGUGGGUGCCCGAGGGCAUCCCCUUCUGCGUUCUCAAUGUGGCCGCCGGCAAGGCUCCCAUGCAGAUAUCGACAGAGGGCGCAGGCGCACCCCAGAAGGCCAUCGACGGCUCCACAUCGGCCUUCUUCACCCCCGAGACCUGCUCGCUGACCAAGUCGGAGCGCUCGCCCUGGUGGUAUGUGAACCUACUGGAACCCUACAUGGUGCAGCUGGUGCGUCUGGACUUUGGCAAAUCCUGUUGCGGCAACAAGCCGGCCACCAUUGUGGUGCGUGUGGGCAACAACCGGCCGGAUCUGGGGACGAACCCGAUCUGUAAUCGGUUCACGGGCCUGCUGGAGGCCGGCCAGCCGCUGUUCCUGCCCUGCAAUCCGCCCAUGCCGGGGGCCUUUGUCAGCGUGCAUCUGGAGAACAACACGCCCAAUCCGCUGUCCAUCUGCGAGGCAUUCGUCUACACGGACCAGGCCCUGCCCAUCGAGCGGUGUCCCACGUUCCGGGACCAGCCGCCCGGCGCCCUGGCCUCCUACAACGGCAAGUGCUACAUCUUCUACAACCGCCAGCCGCUGAACUUCCUGGACGCGCUCUCCUUCUGCCGCUCGCGCGGCGGCACCCUGAUCAGCGAGAGCAACCCGGCUCUCCAGGGCUUCAUCAGCUGGGAGCUCUGGCGGCGCCAUCGCAGCGACGUCAGCUCCCAGUACUGGAUGGGGGCGGUACGCGACGGCAGCGACCGCAGCAGCUGGAAGUGGGUCAACGGCGACGAGCUGACCGUCUCCUUCUGGAGCCACCCUGGCGGCGAUGAGGACUGCGCCCGCUUCGACGGCUCCAAGGGCUGGCUCUGGAGCGACACCAACUGCAACACGCUGCUGAACUUCAUCUGCCAGCACCAGCCCAAGACCUGCGGCCGCCCCGAGCAGCCACCCAACUCCACGAUGGUGGCCCUCAACGGCUUCGAGGUGGGCGCCCAGAUCAAGUACAGCUGCGACUCGAACCACCUGCUGGUGGGACCGGCCACCCGCACCUGCCUGGAGACUGGCUUCUACAACGAGUUCCCGCCAGUGUGCAAGUAUAUCGAAUGUGGGCUGCCGGCCAGCAUUGCCCACGGCUCAUAUGGCCUUCUGAACAGCACCGUGGGCUACCUGAGUCUGGUCAAGUACUCCUGCGAGGAGGGAUAUGAGAUGAUUGGGAGAGCGCUGCUCACAUGCGACUUUGAUGAGCGCUGGAACGGACCACCGCCCCGCUGCGAGAUUGUGGAGUGCGAUACGCUGCCAGGAAACUACUACAACACCAUCAUCCACGCACCGAAUGGCACCUACUUCGGCUCCAAGGCGGAAAUCAGCUGUCCGCAGGGGUACCGCAUGGAGGGACCGCGCCAGCUUAGCUGCCUGGCCAGUGGCCAAUGGAGCAGCGCCCUGCCCCGCUGCAUCAAGCUGGAGCCCUCGACACAGCCCACGGCGGCCCCCACUUCUCCCUCUUCGGCGGCCACUCCACCACCUUUCAGGCCCAAGAUCAGCUCCACCACCAGCCGGACGCCCUACCGCCCUGCGUCCACAUCCAGCACGAACGGAGGCAGCAGCUCCAGCUCCAGCACAGUGGGCACCUACCCGAGCAUCAGCCCCACCCAAGUGGAGAUCAACGGAGAAUCCGAUUCCGAGGAGGAUGUCAAUGUGCCUGUUCCAGGAACUGUGCGCGAGGAGUUCCCACCGCGACGCACCGUUCGACCCGUGCUCAUUCCCAAGAAGCCGAACAGCACGCCUGCCUAUGCGGCACCACCAGCAGCACCCACCACCCAACAUGCGCUGCCGUUGCCACCCUCCACCUACGCCCCCACACCGCCGCGUAGCCGACCCAGUGCAGCCAGUGUGCCCGCCCAGGUGGAGACGACCACGCGGAACACGCAGCAGAUCAUCCAGAACUCGCAUCCGCAGGACAACGAGAUCCCCGACAGCGUCAACAUCCAGCAAAACCAGUCGCCCAAUGUCAACGUGCCCUUCGCCGUCGACAACCCCGACCGCAAGGAGACCAAGGAGGCGAAGCUCAAUCUGGGGGCCAUUGUGGCUCUGGGUGCUUUUGGUGGCUUCGUCUUCUUGGCCGCCGUCAUCACGACGAUUGUGAUUCUCGUGCGAAGCACCCCGAACAGCAAACGGCGGCACCUUGCCAAACACUUAACCGCUUACCAUCAUCAUGCUCAUCAUCAUCACCAGCAGAAGCACCACCACAGCCACAGCCACCACCAGCAGCAGCAGCAGCAGCAGCAACAGCAGCAGCAACAACUGCAGAAGUACUCGUCGCAGGGAGCCAGGCAGCUGCCCCACCAGCGAACAGCUACCGUUGGCGGUAUACCGCGACCCAGCCGCCUGCCCAGCUAUGCCACGGCGACGGCCACCAGCGCCACCAGCUACGCGUCCACCGCCCAACUGACCCGCUGCAGCGGGAAGGGGAUGCGCCUGUUCGGCGACGGGUACGGCUUCGGCUACGGCAGCAUCAGUUCGAGCACCCGCUGCGACCCCAUCAGGGAGCCCUCGCUGUGGUACAGCGUCCUGGCGCUGCCCUUCGACGACCAGAAGCUGGGCAGGCGGGAGUUCAGCAGCUAUGGGCGUGGCUAUCGGGCCCGGGCGGGUCUCUUCAGCAAUUCCCACAUAAAUAGAACCACGCAACACUAUCGCCAUCGCGCCUCGCCCGACUGCAACACGGUUGCCAGCUUCGACAGCUCCACCUCCGGCUCCCGCAACGGACUCAACAGGUACUACCGCCAGGCCUGGGAGAACCUGCACGAGUCCGCCUCUAAGAACAGCUCGCACAAUGCUCUGCGGCGCAAGGAGACCCUCGACCCGCCCAGCAUGACCCGAUCCCGUGACAAUCUGCGCGACAAUAUGCAACGAUCCCGCGAGAAUCUCGACAGAUGCGGCCGCGACAACUACGGAAUGCGCGACGACUCCGAGAUGGUUGUGUCGGACGUGUGCCUGAAGGGGGAGAAGAAGCGCCACCACCACCACCACCACAAGAGCAGCUCUCGCAAUGGUGACUAUCGCGACCGGGAUCAGUCGUCCGGCAGGCGCGACCACCACAGGCACAGCGGCGCUGGUGGCGGCGGUGCCGGCGGUGCCGGCGCAGGAGGCGGAGGCGGUGGUGGCGGCCACUAUUGACCAACCAUGGUCAUCACCAUAAAUGUGGAGCGGCAAUUGCAAUCGAUCGAAGAUGAAUCUGAAUCAGAACUAGAUUCUGGAGCUGGAUAUGGAGCUGGAGCGAGCGCAACAUCGAAACGUUUUUUUGUUUAAUUUUAGCAAGUUUUUUUUCGCGCUUUAGUUUUGUAAGCGAUCGGACGAGAUCGGAGAUCGAAGAUGGGAGAUGGUAGAUCGGAGGAACCUUUCAGUUCAUAGCGGAAACAUGUUAGACAAGCAGAGAGAGCAAGAAACCCGUGAUCUUGCAAGUCAAUACUUAUAUGCAUAUAUAGCUACAAUAUAUCCGCAUAUGUAUGUCUAUAUAGUAUGUAUUUACAUAUAUGUGCACUCGUGCUUAGAUUUUUCCGAGCAAACCGACCUUACUCGUAUAAUUUAUUCGCAAAGCUUUCUUAAGGUUUUUAGUUAAAUUUUCUCUAUUAAUUAGUUGUAUGUCAAGAGCGUGAAGAGUGCCGGCGAGGCAUAGGCGUAGGCGUGGUUUAUCUGUUAGUAAUUAGUUGAAAUGCAAGCACCCGCACCCGCCUCAGCACCACCCCCAACCCACACAAAAAAACACUCCCCGCCAUCAGGCGAGCACACUCCAACUCCUCCUCCUCCACCACACCCAGCAAGUGGCAGAUCACAGCUGCAGCCAAAUUAUGAGCAACUUGGUUUAGCUUGAGGCGAUCCCCAGUCCCCAGUCCGGCUGGCAGCUUCCCCAAGCCAAAUCGACUUGCCCAUAGUCGCAUAUUAGUUACGUAACCUUAAACUAGAUAAAAUGGACCCCCAGUACACGCGCAGACCACAAAACCCCAACCAAAAUCGACAGUAGGUACGGCAGGCAGCAUGCACGAGAGA